AUGGGUAGCGCUGGUAACGGACCUAUCCAGUCCCUCAAUGGGUCUCCUUCAGACCUACGCAGACUAGAAGAGCAGGGCGACAAGCUUGUCCAGGCAUCCUCUGCCGGCGACGUCGACCGUCUGAGAGAACUGCUUGGGUCAGUGCAAAGCCUCAACCCAGCUCAUCUCCCCACGGAUGGCUUCCUCCUCCAGACUGCCGCCAAGCAAGGCCAGGCAGAGAGUACUCGCUUCCUUUUCCAGCACCUCCCUGGCUGUCUAGCCCGGCCAGACAAGCGCUGGGAUCCCCUCCUGCCAGACGGAUACACCUAUAAUGACAUCCCCGACAAGUGGCACGUCUACGAGGACGGCGUCAUCCACGAAGCCAUCGGCGGCAAGGACCCCGUCGGGCUCUUCCGCGUGUUUUUCGACUUUGGCAUGGACCCCAAUAUCGGCUUGGGUGUAGCUGGCUCGCCGUUGGCACAAGCCGUCUCCAGCAACCAGCUUGCGCUUGCGGAGUACCUGCUCUUCAAGGGCGCCGAUCCCAACGGCUACUACAUGUCCAACAGCCUUCUUGGAGUGGCUGCGAGGCUGCCGAAUGACGAAGUGCUGCGUGCCCUCCUCGGGUACGGAGCGCGGGUGGCAGGAUCGCGAGCCCUUCAGCAGGCUGCGCAAUAUUGGCGAACUCGCACCGCCGAGACGCUCCUGGAGCACGGCGCCGAUAUUGACGAGAUAUUUACCAGGUCGCAGUAUGACGACAGCAUGCAGCUUAUCCAAGUUCCAUUAGGCUGUGCGCUGCACUUUGCCGUAGAGGGCGGCAUGCGUGAGGGUGGCACGGCUUCGCAGAGCGACUUUGUGCGGUUUUUACUUGGGCGAGGGGCAAGGACUGAUCUGGUAAACGAUCGGAGAGAGACACCGGUGCAGGUGGCCGAGCGUCUGGGCAAGACGAGCAUUGUUGACAUUAUUGAAUCUCGAGGAUUGGACAAGUAG